AUGGACGCGCGAGGAACCACGAAGGCGACAAAAGUGCUCUUCCGCACGAGACCACUGAGGAUGCUGGCCGGAGGCGACGACAUCUCCACAGCGCCCCCUGUGACGUCGCCCCGUCGUCUCGAACCAUCUCGGGAGGAAUUGUGCCGCUUCUGCGCUACCGGCGGCGACCAGGAGGAGCUGGUGACGCCGUGCUGCUGCGAAGGCUUCGUCUCGCAGACGCACCGGUCCUGCCUGGAGAAGCGCAUUCUGCAGGACGGUGUGAGCCGAUGCUACCACUGCAACUUCCGCUACCAGUACAAGCUAAAGACCAGGUCUGCCUGCCACUGGUUCAGGUCGCCCGAGUACCGCCACGACGUGUUUCAGCUGAUCGCUAUGCUGGUGCAGUACAUCUGCGACACACUCGUCAUCGGGAUCGCCGUCUUCAAGGCCAUUCACUUCGUGGCCCAGGCGCCUCUGGUGGCGGCCAUAGUGACGGUGCUGGGAUGCGGGUCGUGCACAGUCUUCUGGCUCGCCUACCUGUCCUUGGACCUGUGGACGUUCUACACGCCGCUGAGACGCUGGAUUCGCAACAACACCAGCAUCGUGCUUCUGUUGCCGGCUUCGAAGGCGGAGGACGUUCACAGUGCUCACGCCUGCUCCACAGACGAACUACGCUGA